AGAAUGCCUAAAGCCUUCGAUCCGAUCGGAGCUGCCAACUUUGAUUUUCCCAUUGGGUCCGAGAAUGAUGUUCUUGCCCCAGCAAACAUUCGCGAGAAGAAGGCAAAGGAUGCAUGGCUCAAGAUUAUGAAUGCAAGACACCUCAGGCAUCUCCUCCGAGAAUGCUAUAGGAGAGAAGGAGUGAAUCAUAAGGACAACUGCAAAGAGUUUGCACAAGCUUACUUUGAAGCCAUCCAGCAACCUAUGUUCACCGGAGGUGCAGGAGCAUUGAAAGCCAAUGCCGCGAACCGCCAGAAGCACCAAGCUGAAUCUGAACACUGAGGCUGGAAUUUCAUUUGCGCGUUUCAGCUGAUCGGAUAAAAUCAUUCAACGUGACGCAAUGACGGCGGCAGGCGGUCAGUUAUCCCACCGACCGUACCAUCCUGGAGCAUCGACGGAAAGCCUCAAUCCAAGCCUUUGCAACCCUUCCCUACCGUACAGUGGUCGAAUCCAAUAAAACUCCAGCAAUCGUCA